AUGGACAACAACGAUGAACAAGAACUGCCGAAAGGCUGGGAGAAGCGCGUCAGCCGCUCAACCGGUCAGCCGUACUACCUCAACAUUUACACGAAAGAGUCCCAGUGGGAUGUGCCCACGGAAGAGGCCUCCACGAAGGACAACGAGAAGAUUCGCUGUUCGCACCUGCUGGUAAAGCACUCGGGCAGUCGCCGGCCCAGCUCCUGGCGCGAGGACACCAUCACACGAACAAAGGAGGAGGCCCUCGCUCUGGUGCGCGACUACCAGGACAAAAUCAAACAGGGCCACAGUACACUGGAGGAGCUGGCGCGAGAGCUGUCCGACUGCAGUUCGGCUAAGCGGGGCGGCGACCUGGGCUUCUUUGCCCGCGGUGCUAUGCAAAAGCCUUUCGAGGAUGCCGCCUUUCGGCUGAAGGUGGGCGAAAUGUCCGACAUUGUGGACACCGACUCCGGGGUGCACCUCAUUCUGCGGACUGCCUGA